CUCUAUAUUUUCUAGAAUAAUGGAUUAUACUGGAUUAUACUGGUCAAUGCCAAGAAUUUGAAUUUGUUUUAGGUGGCUUGGGUGCAUUCGCGUGUUUUAGAUGUAUAAUUAUAAUUAAGUCUGUAAUUAAUUCAAGUUUAAGAUGUACAUUAAGUCUAUGGUAUUAGAGGGAUUUAAGUCAUAUGGACAAAGAAUAGAAAUAAAUGGUUUCGAUAAAGAAUUUAAUGCAAUCACAGGAUUUAAUGGUAGCGGGAAAUCAAAUAUCCUGGAUGGAAUAUGCUUUGUUUUGGGUAUUACAAAUCUUGGCCAGGUACGUGCAGCAUCAUUACAAGAUUUAGUUUACAAAUCUGGCCAAGCAGGUAUUAAGAAAGCCAGUGUUACUAUAACGUUUGACAAUAGAGAUAGAAAUUCAUCUCCUAUGGGAUAUGAACAUCAUGAAGAAAUUACUGUCACAAGGCAGGUUAUAAUUGGUGGCAAAAAUAAAUUUUUAAUCAAUGGAUCUAAUGUACCAAAUAAGCGUGUACACGACAUGUUUUGUUCUGUUCAAUUAAAUGUAAACAAUCCUCAUUUUUUAAUAAUGCAAGGAAGAAUUACAAAAGUUUUGAAUAUGAAACCUGUUGAAAUUUUGUCUAUGAUAGAAGAGGCUGCAGGUACACGAAUGUAUGAAAACAAGAAAGAAGCUGCUUUGAAAACUAUUGAAAAGAAGGACAGUAAAUUGAGGGAAAUAAAUGAUAUUUUGAACGAAGAAAUAGGUCCAAAGUUAGCAAAGUUGAAAGAGGAAAAAACACAAUAUGUAGAAUAUCAACGUGUAGAAAGAGAAUUAGAACACUGUAAAAGAAUUUGUCUUGCUUGGCGCUAUGUUACAGCCUUAAAUGAAAGUGAAAAAGCAGAAAAAAGUGUACAAAUUGUUAUAGAUCAAAUAGAACAAAAAAAGAAAAGUAUCAUGACUGGUGAAAAAGAACUUAAAAAUAUUGAGAAAGAAUUUGAUGAAGCAGCAAAAAAGAAGGAUGUAGAAGCAGGAGGUCAAUUAGAAGUUUUAGAGAAAGAGUUAAAAGAUGCAGAAAAAAUUCACUGUAAAUUAACAGCUGAAAAUAAUAGUAAUAAAGAAAGUAUUAAGGCUGCAGAAAAGGCAGUAGAGCAACUAAAGGCUAAUAUAAUCGAGGAUGAAAAUGCUCUUACAUUGAAACAGACAGAAUAUGCUAAAGUUGAAGGAUUAUUCAAAAACUUAAAAGAAAUGGAUGAACAGGAUUGUAAUGCAGUACUGAUUGCACAAGAAAAAUUCCAAAAAGUCAGUUCUGGUUUACUACAAAGUGAAGAUGGUGAAAAUGCAACCUUAGAACAGCAAUUAAUAACUGCUAAACAAAAUAUGACAAAAGCACAGACACAGCAUAAACAAUGUGAAAUGACGUUACAUCUUUGUAAAGAGCGACUAGAAAAGAAGAAAACAGAUAUGAAAAACACUGGAGAUCAACAUAAAAAAUAUAGUAAAGAUCUUGAGAAUAAAGAGAAAGAAGUGAAAAAUUUGGAAAAUGAAUUAAAAAAAUUAAAUUACGAAAACGGAUAUGUAGAACAACUAAAAGAACAAAGAAAUGUAUUGAGAAAUGAAAUAAGAGUAUUGCAAGAAAAAGUAGAUCAUUUUGAAUCACAGUAUCCUAGAAUCAGAUUUGAAUAUAAAAAGCCUGAACCUAAUUUUGAUAACAGAUCUGUGAAAGGAGUUGUAUGUAAAUUAAUUACCAUUAAAGAUAGAAGAGCAGCAUAUGCUUUAGAUAUUGCUGCAGGAGCAAGGCUAUAUAAUAUAAUAGUAGACACAGAAAUUAAUGGCAAGAAACUACUUCAACAUGGUCAACUGGAACAACGUGUUACUAUUAUUCCAUUGAAUAAAGUAAAUGGAAGACCAAUGGAUAAUCAGAUAAUUCAUCUGGCACAGAAGAUAGGUGGUGUAGAAAAUGUUCAGCCAGCGCUAUCUCUUAUAGAUUCUCCCCAAGAAAUUAAAUCAGCUAUGAAUUGGAUAUUUGGGCAGAUAUUUAUUUGCAAAGACAUUGACAUUGCUAGAAAAAUUGCAUUUCAUGAGAAUAUAAAAAAGAAGUGUAUCACUUUAGAAGGAGAUGUUGUGGAUCCUGCUGGUACUUUAUCAGGUGGUGCACAACUAAAGACAGGAUCGGUUCUUUUAAAAUUAGAAGAGCUGAAAACUAUUCAAAACGAAUUAAAUGAUAAACGACAGACUCUUCAAAAUAUUGAGAACACUCUGGCAAACAUAAAUAGUAUCGCAGAAAAAUACAUGUCAUUAAAACAAUUAUACGAUCUUCGAAAUUGUGAAAUCAGUACGAUAAAGCAAAAAUUAGAACAGACAGAAUAUUAUACUAUAAAACAUGAAAUUGAUUCUUUGGAAAAGGAUAUUGAGGAUCUGUUACAAAAGAUGGAAGUAGCAAAACAAGUUGAAAAAGAAAAUAGUAAACGCGCUAAAGAAUUAGAGCACCAGUUGAAAGAUGCAUCGAGUAUUCUUGAGAAACAAUUAAAUCAAGCCAAAAAUGAACUAGAAAAAUUAAAGAAAAAAGCUGAAAAUAGUCGUAAAGAGUGGCAAAAGCGGGAACAAGAGGCAGAAACACUUAAACUAGAAAUCACAGAAUUACAAAAAGGUAUUGAAACUGGAAAGGAACAGUUAGUGAUAUCGGAAGAAAAAUUGAAUGUACUACGAGAAAAAGCAACUGCGUUAAAUCAACAGUUAGAUGAAGCGGAUAAUAAUAUAAAACGUAUACAAUCUGAAAUAAAAGAAAAGAAAAAUAUUAUCAACAAGCAAAACGCUUAUAUGCAAAAGCUUAUCGAUAGGAAGGAAGAAAUAUUAAAAGAAAGUAAAGAAGCAGAAUUAGAUAUUAAAACGUUAAAUCAUGAAAUUAAUUCAAUUCAAAAGACUGCUACAGAUUGUAAACAAAAAGUAGUAGAACUUGAACGAAAAUACGAGUGGAUUGAACAGGAUAAGAUUUAUUUUGGAAAAGCAGGCGGUAUUUACGAUUUUGAAGUUAAUAAACCUAAUGAAAUGGAACAGAUGGUACAUCGUUUACAGACUACGCACGACAAAUUAAGUCGAAAUAUUAAUACUCGGGCUAUUAGUCUUUUAGAUAAAGAGGAAGAGCAAUAUAAUCAAAUGAUAAAAAGGAAAAAAAUAGUUGAAAACGAUAAAAGAAAAAUAUUAGAAACAAUUAAACAUCUAGAUGAAAAGAAAAAAGAGACAUUACUUAAAGCUUGGAAACAAGUAAACAAAGAUUUUGGAUCGAUAUUUAGUAGUUUGUUACCUGGAGCUGAUGCAAAAUUACAGCCUCCCGAAAAUCAAUCAGUUAUCGAUGGUUUAGAAAUAAAAAUUGCAUUUUCUGGUGUCUGGAAAGAAUCAUUAGGAGAAUUAUCAGGAGGACAAAGGUCUUUGGUAGCUUUAUCCUUGAUUUUGGCUAUGCUCUUAUUUAAUCCUGCGCCUCUUUACAUUUUGGAUGAAGUUGACGCCGCCUUGGAUCUUUCUCAUACAGAGAACAUUGGAUUAAUGUUGAAAAGACAUUUUAAACGUUCACAGUUUAUUGUUGUAUCGUUAAAGGAUGGAAUGUUUAACAACGCUAACGUAAUAUUUACAACUAGAUUUGUUGAUGGAAUGUCGACAGUAUCUAGAAGUGAAAGAACAGGAAGAAAAUAAAUAUAAAAUUAAAACAGUA